AUGGUCAAGUCGAUUUUCUCGGUGAAUCGUGACGUGGCGGUGAUGAAGGACGACGAGACCUAUCUUACCCUGAAUGGCAACGACUGGCAGGGAAUUUCGUAUUAUACUUCCCCCACGAAAGAAGUGUGGUUCUCCAACAGGCGCGCCAAGUGGCGUCGGGAGGAAAAGUUGCGCUCGCAGAAGCGCCUGAUAAAUCAGGUCAGCAGCAACGGGCAACCGGGAAUGGCCUCAGCAAUAUGUUCGCCGUCGGCAACGAAAAUUUACAACUCGGAAUAUGAUAACCCAUAUGCGGCGGCUGCCGCAGCAUCGCAGCCCACGUCGGACUGCUACAGUUCGCUAUCGAAUUCGGUCGGACUAAUGUCCGGUCAACCCCCGCGAGACAACUAUCAGUAUCUUCUGUCCGAUUCGCUCCAUUCGCUCAGUAUGCCUUACUCCUUCCACCACCGGCUGCCCUGCAGUUCUCCCUCGAGCGUCCAACCGAUGGACCUCAACACACACUCGGCCGCCUCGGCGGCCGCUGCAGCUGCUGCGGCCUCCGCAUACAGUCAGUCGAUAAGUAUGACAGAUCUGUCGCAAAUGACUCCGUCAAGUGCGGCGGCGGCGGCAGCUGCUGGGUUGCCGCCGCCGAGACACUUGCCAAUCAUAACCAGCUCGAUUGCCUCCAAUCCGGGGGCGGCCAGUAAUGAGAUUGAAUCAUCGGGAUCCACCGGUGGUGGCGGUCACUAUAUUACACGGCUCGAAUAG